UUUGUUCCUUAAAUGUUUUGUUGGGCUGAGGCUAGUUAUGCAAUUUCAUUGUUUUUCGCAGAUCUAGUUUAACCUUUGCUCAUUUUGGUUUUCAUCUGAUCCAAGACAAAGGGGUUGCGGUUGCUAUGUCGUCUCUCAGCAGAGAGUUGGUGUUCUUGAUCUUGCAGUUUCUGGAUGAGGAAAAGUUUAAAGAGACAGUUCACAAGCUUGAACAAGAAUCCGGGUUUUUCUUUAACAUGAAGUAUUUUGAAGAUGAAGUGCACAGUGGGAAUUGGGACGAGGUUGAGAGAUACCUCUCGGGUUUUACGAAAGUCGAUGAUAAUAGAUAUUCCAUGAAGAUAUUUUUCGAGAUAAGGAAGCAGAAGUAUUUGGAAGCAUUAGACAAGCAUGAUCGGUCCAAGGGUGUGGAAAUACUAGUGAAGGAUUUGAAAGUUUUUGCUACUUUUAAUGAAGAAUUGUUCAAGGAAAUCACACAGCUUUUGACAUUGGAGAAUUUUAGGGAAAAUGAACAAUUGUCCAAAUAUGGUGAUACGAAGUCCGCGAGAGCAAUCAUGUUGGUUGAGCUCAAAAAAUUGAUUGAGGCAAAUCCCUUAUUUCGCGAUAAAUUGCAAUUUCCCAAUCUUAAGAACUCAAGAUUGCGGACACUCAUCAAUCAAAGGUAAUAUCCUAUGUAUGAGAUA